AUCGAAACUCCUGGGGGAGGGGCGGGUCCAGCCUGCAGACACCCGGCGUCCUCCAGCCAUGAGCAGCACCAGGCACCCUUUCCUCCCGGGCACCCCUGCCGGAAGCCCCCCGGGCUACGAGGUGCUCAAGGAGGAGCACGAGGUGUCCAUCCUGGGGGAGUCCCCCACAGCCACCGUGGCGUCCACCGUGGUCCACAUCCAGACGGACACCGUGGUGCCCGACCACGUCGUCUGGUCCCUGUUCAACACCCUCUUCCUGAACGUCUGCUGCCUGGGCUUCGCGGCCUUCGCCUUCUCCGUGAAGUCUAGGGACAGGAAGAUGGUGGGCGACCUGGCGGGGGCCCGGAGCUACGCGUCCACCGCCAAGUGCCUCAACAUCUGGGCCCUGGUGCUGGGCGUCCUCAUCAGCAUCGGCUACCUGGCCCUGCUGAUAUACGUCGGCAUGAUGGCCUACGAGAAGAUGCAGCAGAGUAUGGGAGGGGGCUACUGAGGCCGGCACCCGGCUCCCCACUGCUGGGUGGGGGCUGCACAGAGCUGUCUGCCUGCCCCAGGCCCCCGCCCCAGACACCCCCACACCCGGCUUCUCUGCUUGCUGACAAUAAAGAGCACGUGUGCGA